AUGCUUUUCUCGCCGCUGCUCAUCGCUGGCUUGCUCGCCCGGCAGUCAUAUGGAAUAGGUCUGCCGGAAUUUGUAAACCCGCACCUCGGAGUGGGCCGUCUCGGAGCUGUUGCAAGCGAGAGCUCUAUCUGCAGUCAAGCUGGGACCAAAAUUUUGCAGAAAGGUGGAAAUGCUGCGGAUGCAAUGAUUGCCACAGUACUUUGCGUGGGUACCGUUGGUAUGCACCAUAGUGGAAUUGGUGGCGGCGGAUUCGCACUGGUCCACGACAAGGACGGCAGUUUUGAGUUCAUCGAUUUCCGAGAAACUGCCCCAAGUGCAGCUUCACAGGAUAUGUACGAUGUUAACGCCAAUCUUUCUAUAUAUGGCGGUCUUGCGAGCGGUGUCCCAGGGCAGCUACGUGGAUUGGAACAUAUUCACACCAAAUAUGGUGUGCUUCCGUGGAACUCGCUUGUACAGCCGUCGAUUCAACUUGCAAGAUAUGGCUUUCAAGUUACACAAGAUCUCGUGGCAAAUAUGAUCAAGGCCACCACAGGAACAGAGGAUUUCCUGACGCAAAAUCCUAGCUGGGCAAUUGAUUUUGCUCCAAAUGGCACUCGUCUUGGACUUGGAGAUACUAUGACACGCCGGCGGAACUAUACGGUGGCUAUCAGAGAGCCGUUGCAAAUUGAUUAUCGUGGCUGGAAGAUUACAAGCACGAGCGCACCAUCCAGUGGCCCAGUUACUCUCAGCACGCUGAAAAUUGUUGAAGGAUAUGAUGAUUUCUUCAGUCCCGGAAUGACUAACCUCAGUACCCAUCGAAUGGACGAGGCAAUGAGGUUUGCCUAUGGUCAGCGAACCCUUCUCGGUGAUCCUUCGUUUGUCCAGGGAGUCGAUGAGUAUCAAAAGAGAAUGAUCAGUGAUAACACAAGUCGCGAAAUCUGCUCUCGAAUUUCCGAUUUUCACACCCAAGAUGUCUCGGCAUAUGACCCUGACAACAUUGACAUUAUCAAUACACCAGGAACUUCACAUAUAGUUAGCGCCGAUUACUCGGGAAUGGCCGUGUCGUUGACGACGACUAUCAACCUCGCCUUCGGAAGUCACGUCAUUGUUCCUGAGACAGGUGUCAUCAUGAACAAUGAAAUGAAUGCUACAUCAGAUUUCAGUAUUCCCAAUGUCGAUAAUGCAUUUGGCUACGUCCCCCAGGCCAGCAACUAUAUCAAGCCCGGCAAGCGGCCACUUUCUUCCAUUACACCUACCAUUGUUACUCACCCCAACGGCACUCUUUACUUUGUGGUAGGGGCAGCAGGUGGCUCUAGAAUCACCACUGCUACGAUCCAGAGUCUCAUUCAUGCUCUAGAUCAGGACAUGCCGCCCCACGAAGCCCUGGCCCAGCCACGUUUGCAUGACCAGCUCAUACCGAAUCAGGUUACCUUUGACUGGGGCUACGACAACCGUACUGUGAAUUACAUGUGCUCCCUUGGACACAAUGCGACGUGGGUGGCUCAAGGUCAGAGUCAGGUUCAGGCGUUGCGGCGAUUGCCCAACGGUACUUUUGAAGCUGCGGGGGAGCCGCGACAAGUCAACAGUGGUGGGUUUGCGGUAUAG